AUGGCUUCCACACUCUCGUUCGCAUCGGCUCUACGUUCACCUCUCGCUCCAUCCCCAUCACACUUAUCCAAAUCCAGUUCACCGUUUUCGGUUGCGUUUCCACGGACGAGUCCUGGUCGGAUCAGAGCUCAAGACCAGAGAGAAAACUCCAUUGAUGUCGUUCACCAAGAACAAAAAGGGAACCAAGGAUCUAGUGUUGAGAAAAGACCUCAACGCUUAGCCAUGGACGUUUCUCCUUUCGGAUUGUUGGAUCCUCUGUCACCAAUGAGGACAAUGCGACAAAUGCUGGACACGAUGGACAGAAUGUUCGAGGAUACUAUGAUUGUCCCAGGAAGAAAUAGAGGAGGAGGAGGAAGUGGAGCUUCGGAGAUUCGUGCGCCAUGGGACAUCAAAGAGGAAGAACACGAGAUCAAGAUGCGUUUCGACAUGCCUGGUCUCUCCAAAGAAGACGUCAGAAUCUCUGUCGAAGAUAACGUGCUUGUGAUCAGAGGAGAACAGAAGAAAGAAGACGAGAAUGAUUCUUGGUCUGGCAAAAGCGUUAGCUCUUACGGCACAAGGCUUCAGCUCCCGGACAACUGCGAGAAGGACAAGAUCAAAGCUGAGCUCAAGAACGGUGUCCUUCUUAUCAGUAUUCCUAAGACCAAAGUCGAACGCAAAGUCAUCGAUGUCCAGAUUCAGUGA